AUGAGCAAGAAAAGGAAUGCCAAGAAACGACGUCGGGAACAACGCCGCCAGAUGGAAGAACAUUCCAGGCUUACUAAUGAUUCCUUCCAGGACCAGCAAAGAGCUACCAGUACGAACAAACAUUCGAAGGGGGAUGGUGCACCACCAUCAUUUGACAAGAGUCGCAGCGUCAAUUCAUCUUCUCUCCCUACAGCAGUGGAUGGCUUCGGUUCCCAAAAGCGUUCCAUCGCUGCAAUCCAAUUUGUUUACCCCGAACGGAAUGGAAGAAAACUUUACAGAUUUCAAAAGGAGCUGCUCGACACCUUCAUCGUUCCUCCCCAAGAAAAGAUUGAAAAAGGGCUCCCUGAAUUCGUCGCGACGAACGUGAGUUUGAACGACAUUCUAUACCCGGACAGCAACAGAGAAAAACAAUCCGAUUCUGGUAGUCAGCUCAAAGGCGACUCCUCUCAGAAAUCUCCAAAAAUCCUGCAUGGCGAGCAUCACACCAACAACGUAGUAAAGGAGCUGCGUCAGAAGAACUUGGAUGUACAGUCACUUUCUGGGCAAUCGCAAGGCCAGCUGUCGGGGAUGUCCGUGGAAGAUGCCGUUCGCGACAAACUUGGAUGUCGGCCUCGUGCGAAUUCGACAGAUGGAGAACUCAAUUUACCGCAACGAGGGCUUUGUGAUGAGCGGAAGGUACUAGAGUCUUUCAAAUGGAUCCCCACAAAUGUCAAUUUGUCUUAUCCGAAAGGCUUUGUCAAUCUGGGUAAUACGUGCUUUCUGAAUAGCACUGUACAGUGCCUCGCCUACCUACCACCAUUCUGCCAAUCCUUGCUUUCAAUAUUAUCUCAUGAAUCAAAACAUGGUGAAAAAAGAAAGACCAGUCAAGGAAGGAAGGUAACAUUUAUCUUGCGCUCCCUCUUUUCUCAAGUACACGGCAUUGAUGGUGGUACCACACACUCUGGAAGUUCAUUGGCUCCUCGUGCCAUUGUCCAAGCAGUGCCAACUCUUGGUUCCUGCGGUAGUCGGAAAGGGUACAAGUUUCGACCCGGUCGACAAGAAGAUGCACAUGAGUUUUUGGUGCAUUUGCUAGAUGCCAUGAACGACGGUGAGCUGAAAGAAGCGGGAAUCAACCAGAAUGCAAGUGGAUGGCGUGAUCGAUUGCCAAUUCCUCGCCUAGAUGAGACGACUUUCAUACAUAGAAUAUUUGGUGGAUAUUUCCGAAGUCAAGUUCGCUGCACAUCCUGUAACAAUCGCAGCAACACGUACGAUCCCUUACUAAACUUGUCUCUGGAAGUCAGUCGCAAGGCGUGCAACUCAGUUGCUCAGGCUUUGCACGAGUUUACUCGCAAGGAAACCUUAGACUCUCAGAAUCAGUGGAAGUGUUCGGGCUGCAAAAAAUAUGUUUGUGCUACAAAGCAGUUGACUGUAUUUCGACCACCUUUGUCUCUUUGCAUUCAAUUAAAGCGAUUCACAUACAGCGGUAGACUAAAAUUUAGUGUUGGCUUCGGGAGCUUCGGCAAUGGGGGAGGAGGACAAAAGAUAUCGAAAUCUAUCGAGUUUCCAGCCCAGCUGAAGCUUCCUUUGAGUGAUGGUCGCUCCUGUGGGUAUUCCUUGACCGGAAUUGUGAUCCAUGUAGGAGGUAGUGCUAGUUCUGGACAUUACACGGCGUAUGUUCGCAAGCCAGGUGGUGGUAGCAAAUCACAAUGGUUUCACAUGGACGACUCUUUCGUCGAAGCUGUAUCGGAACAAACAGUCCUUCGACAAAGAGAUGCCUACUUGCUGUUCUACUGUCGCGAAGAAGUUAAACUUGAGUUUCCAACACCUCCAAUGUCGGCCAAGGAAGCGCAAGAACUUGGCAGAGCCAAAGCUCGCGCCCGCGCGGACAGUUUAACAGAAUUACAAGCAAGCGCAUCGACAUCUUUAAUCACAAUCACUAGCAAGUCGCUUUGCCAUGAAAGUACAGCGGCUUUGGAACAGAAAAGGAAGGUUAAUAGAGUGGAGGAGAACUCGAAUGGUACGGUGGCUUCUUUUCCACCAAAUCUGCGAAAGCAGGAACAAAAUGAGAAUGGAGACUUGUUGGAGAAACAACGGAAUGAAACAUCCUUUUCAGCCCCAGGCAAGAAAACUGACAGCGCCGAACUACUGCCAACGCCAAUCACAGCUCCGGAUUUUGGCUUUGAGAUUCAACGCUCGUCAGUAAAGCAAUUUAGCCGUAGGAGUCCGGAUCCGUCGAAAGUGGUAGUUUCCUCGAAAUCCCAGCGGGAAAGAUACGGAGGCAACAUUCAGCUCGGACAAUCACCAAUGAUGAAACCUGCCAUUGCACUUCCGGAUCAAGGCGAAGAAUCCUCGUCGGAAGAGUCCUCACCCAGCGACGAUUCUUCCGUACAAGACCAGAACGACAGCACCAGUUCCGCAAGGAUUUCUCUGCCGGUUAUUAAGUCGGAGGCCAAGACGUCAUUCGCCGACGUUUCUUCCUCGUCCGAAAACGAAGAAAAAGCGUUUAGGACAAUAAAUAUGACAGAAUCCGAAAGUCCACAUGCUGUCCAGAAAAAGGCGUUGGAGAAACCGCGGACUCGCAUCGUGCUUGAUCGUGGUGAAGGCCGUGAAAAGGUGGAAGUCAUGAUGGGUCCGCGCUCCGAGACCAAGGCGUGGACGCCCAGGGCUGGGGCGGUUACAAAAAGUGAGGACUAUGCGCUUUUGGGGAACCAGCGAGUAGGAAGGUGGGAUGACGAAGGCAACGAUGUUGCAACUCGCCAACAUGACCGCGGCCGCGAGAACCUUAUCCAACAAAUGGACAAGAAAGAAUCCAACCGAAAGCGCAAAAUGUACUUAGAUCGCUGGGACGCCAUGCUGGAUCAAGGCCAAACCAAAAAGGUGAAAGAAAAGACUGAUUCUAUCAAGCCGACGACGCCCAAGAAAAAUGUGUUCCAGCGAAUCCAAAGCAGCGUGCAGCGUAUGAAUCGAGGCCGUGCAAAAGGACACUUUCGACCCGAGACGCAAAAGAAGAAACGCGGUCGACGCAGUCUCUGACAGUGUACAAA